AUGGAGAAGAAAGCGCCGUCCGACUUCCUCAAGAGCGUCCUUGGCCGCCCCGUCGACGUCAAGCUCAACAACGGCGUCGAGUACAAGGGUAUCUUGGCCUGCCUCGAUGGCUUCAUGAACAUCGCCAUGGAGCAGACCCAGGAGUACGUCAACGGCCAGCUCAAGGCGCAGUACGGCGACUGCUUCAUCCGCGGCAACAACGUCUUGUACAUCUCGGCGUCCAAGUAG